UGAGUUCCAGCACUGACAGCUGUCGUUGUCUCUGCAGCCCUUACCAUGGAGGAGGUGACGCGCCUGGUAUCGUCAGGCGACUGUGUGAAGAUCUGGGACUCAGCCUCCAUGACAGUGUUGGAACAGUUCAACCCACACAGCGCUACACACCCUGUGGCCCAAGUGUGCUGGAGCAGCAACAGUAUCGUUCUUACUAACACUCUGGGCAUGUCCCUGUACAUAUAAUGGUUUACUUUUCGUUUUCCUUUUGCUCUGUCAUAUUCUAGUUGAACUGGAGUGGUGAGCAGUCCCCCACACCUUCAUGUAAACUACUUAUUGAUUAAAUAAUUCUGGUCCACCUAGUUGUUCUGUGCCAUAAAUUACUAUAUGUAGUUGGUUGCCUUGACUUGAUUCCUCAGAUCAGUAUCUUGUAAGCGCCAGCAGUAUAGGGGACAAGCUGGUGGUAUCCAGUCUCAAGUCCUCUCCUAUCCCAGUGGUGGAGCUUGCAGAGGGGGUGAGUGUACGAGGCCUGACAGCCAGGGCCAGUAAAGACGCAAUUUCAGUUCCAUUCUAAUUCAUUGCCCUCUCGCAUGUUGUGAACGUGUCACAUUACUAUAAUGUUUUUUGUGUCCACAGAAAAAGCAGACCCGCGUGAGUCUGAACUCGACGUCCCAGUACUUAGUGAGCGGGGGGCUUGAUAACUCAGUCAACAUCUGGGAUCUGAAGGCCAAGAGGCUUCAUCGCACCCUUAAGGUACCCUCAGUCUUACCAGCACCUGUGACCCUACCCAUGAGAACUAUGUCCUAGCACUUAUCUUUUGAUCAAAUCUCACCUGAACACCUGGUGCUAUGUAACAUUGCACUUGAUCUUGGGCAAAGCUUGGGUCAGUGUAGAAGACAUUUUGGAGUUACCUUUAUCACCAACACAAUCUACCUCACCUGUGUACCGCCGCUCUCUCACCAGGACCACAAAGAAGAGGUGACGUGCGUGUCCUUUAACGGCAGUGACAGCUACAUCGCAUCGGGCUCCACCAGUGGUGACAUCAUCCUGCACAGCAUCACCACCAACCUGUCCAGUAAGGCCUUUGGACACGGCACCAACCAGGUGAGUGUUCUGUUGGCCCUGACACAAUUAAUACUGUAACCAGGCCCUUUUGCUUAUAAGGUAAGGCCAUUUGAAUUCAAUCACUUUUUGACAGCAUCCCUUUGGAUUUAAACAAAACUUUCCAUAGAUGUUUGCCCAUUGAAAAAGUGGUCAGAAAGUAACCUUUUGCCAAAACAGAAUUCCAAAACAUUCAGGAGAUAAAGGUGCUCAAAGUUGACCUAUUUUGCAUACAUUUACAUUUACAUGUUUAGUCAUUUAGCAGACGCUCUUAUCCAGAGCGACUUACAGUUAGUGAGUGCAUACAUUAUUUUUUUUUCAUACUGGCCCCCCGUGGGAAUCGAACCCACAACCCUGGCGUUGCAAACACCAUGCUCUACCAACUGAGCUACAUCCCUGCUGGCCAUUCCCUCCCCUUCCCUGGAUGACGCUGGGACAAUUGUGCGCCGCCCCAUGGGUCUCCCGGUCACGGCCAGCUACGACAGAGCCUGGAUUCGAACCAGGAUCUCUAGUGGCACAGCUAGCACUGCGAUGCAGUGCCUUAGACCACUGCGCCACUCGGGAGAUACCAUGAGACGUCCAUGUCUUUGUCACUGGAAAAUAUAUAAACGGUUGAGUUGAUCAUUUAAAAGAUUAGUGUUGUCAAACUAUUUUAUUAUUUCUUGGGGAAAAAAACAUUUAGGAAUAAAACAUUUAAUUUUUUAACCUUUAACGUCGAUUAUUUUAUUAAUUUGCAUAUGUUGUAGCUUAAACCCUAUUACACAUCUGAGGUUUUUGUGUUGUGCCUGCCAUCGGUUGAGACAACAUGUUCUUGAAGACAGGGUCUCAUGGUAUGGUGGGGUAUGCAAAAUGGGUUAACGUUCAGGUCGAAAAAAAAGUCACUUUCUGAGCGCUUCUACAUGGGGCAAAUAUAAAUGGAAGGUUUCGUUAAAAUCAGAAGGGGUGCUGUGAAAAAGUGAUUGAAUUCAAAUGGAUUUACCCUAUACUUAUCCAAUUCUUACCCCGUCCCUGGAUGGUAGGCACUUGGGUUUGUUACUGGUCAUCAAAUAAAUAUGUGGCUGAAGGAUUAAAGACAAUAAAACAUUUGGUGACAAUUAAGAUGCAUCAUAGGCAGGUCUCAAUUUAUACUGAACAAAAAUCGAAACAAGUGAAGUGUUGGUCCCAUGUUUCAUGAGCUGAAAUUAAAGAUCCCAUAAAUUGUCCAUACACACAGAAAGCGUAUUUCUCUCAAAUGUUGUGAACAAAUUUGUUUAUAUCCCUGUUAGUGAGCAUUUCUCCUUUGCCAAGCUAAUCCAUCGACCUGACGUGUGUGGCAUAUCAAGAAGCUGAUUAAACAGCAUGGUCUUUACAGGUGUACCUUGUGCUGGGGACAAAAGGCCACUCUAAAAUGUGCAGUUUUGUCACCCAACACAAUGCCAUAGAUGUCUCAAGUUUUGAGGGAGCGUGCAAUUGGCAUGCUGACUGCAGGAAUGUCCACCAGAGCUGUUGCCAGAAUUGAACGUUCAUUUCUCUACCAUAAGCCUCCUCCAACGUCGUUUUAGAGAAUUUGGCAUACGUUCAAUUGGCCUCACAACUGCAGACCGUGUGCAACCACGCCAGCCCAGGACCUCCACAUCCAGCUUCUUCACCUGCAGAAUCGUCUGAACAGCCACCUGGACAGCUGAUGAAACUGGGUUUACACAACCGAAUAAUAGCUGCACAAACUGUCAGAAACCGUCUCCGGGACGCUCAUCUGCGUGCUCGUCGUUCUCACUAGGGUCUUGACCUGACUGUAGUUUGGUGUCGUAACUGACUUCAGGGGGCAAAUGCUCACCUUUUGAUGGCCACUGGCACGCUGGAAGUGUGCUCUUCACGGAUGAAUCCCGGUUUCAACUGUACCGGGCAGAUGGCAGACAGUGUAGGGUGUAUGGCGGCGUGUGGGCGAGCAGUUUGCUGAACAGGGUGCCCCAUGGUGGCAGUGGGGUUAUGGUAUGGGCAGGCGUAAGCUAUGGACAACUAACACACUUGCUUUUUAUCGACUGCAAUUUGAAUGCAGAGAUUCCGUGAAGAGAUCCUGAGGCCCAUUGUCGUGCCGUUCAUCCGUGCCAUCACCUCAUGUUUCAGCGUGAUAAUGCACAGCCCCAUGUCGCAAGGAUCUGUACACAAUCCCUGGAAGCUGAAAAUAUCCCAGUUCUUCCAUGGCCUGCAUACUCACCAGACAUGCCACCCAUUGAGCAUGUUUAGGAUGCUCUGGAUCGACGUGUAUGACAGCGUAUUCCAGCAACUUCACACAGCCAUUGAAGAGGCGUGGGACAACAUUCCACAGGCCAUGAUCAACUCUGCGAAGGAGAUGUGUCGCACUACGAGGCAAAUGGUGGUCACACCAGAUACUGACUGGUUUUCUAAUCCAAGCCCCUACCUUUUUUUUUUUGAAGGUAUCUUUGACCAACAGAUGCAUCUCUGUAUUCCCAGUCAUGUGAAAUCCAUAGAUUAGGGCCUCAUUUAUUUAAAUUGACUGAUUUUCCUUAUGAACUGUAACUCAAAAUCUUUUAAAUUGUUGCGUUUUGUUUUCGUUCAGUGUAGAUUUAUCAAUAAUGGCUGAUGCCGAAAAGGCUUUUGACCAUCUUGAACUUUGGAAGCUUUCAACUUACCAGCUGAAUUAAUACAUUUUAAUAAAAAUAUUAUAUAUCCUAAAGCAAAAAUAUACACUUACAUUAUCUGAUAGGGGCACAAGACAGGGAUGUCCUCUCGCCCCUCCUGUUUGCACUGGCAAUUGAACCGCUUGCAGAAAUAAUUAGACACAAACCAAAUGUAACAGGUAUUGGUAAACAUGAAUAUAAAGUAAACUUUUUUGCCAACGAUCUCCUGAUAUACCUGACCAAUAUUGAAAGCUCAAUGCCCCCCUCGCUAAAAAUAUUUUCAGAAUACUCGUCUCAGGAUAUAAAAACUACUGAAAUAAUGGCAAUAGGAAAAAUAAUAAUUGAUCUACAGCAAUCCUUUUAAGUAGACCACAAAAAAUAUAGUUAGGAUGCUUAAUAAGUGGCAACAAACAGCAAAUGUGCUGUGUACAAAACAUUUAAGGACACCUGCUCUUUCCAUGACAUCAACUGACCAGGUGAAUCUAGGUCAGUCACUUGUUAAAGCCACUUCAAUUAGUGAAGAUGACGGUGAGGACAUGGGUUAAAUAAUGAUUUUUAAGCCUUGAGACAUGGAUUGUGUAUGUGUGCUAUUGAGGGUGAAUGGGCAAGACAAAAUAUUAAAGUGCCUUUUGAACGGUGUAUGGUAGGUAGGUGCUAGUCGCAACGGUUUGUGUCAAGAACUGCAACGCUGCUGGGUUUUUUCACGCUCAACGGUUUCCCAUGUGUAUCAAGAAUGGUCCACCACCCAAAGGACAUCCAGUCAACUUGACAACUGUGGGAAGCAUUGGAGUCAACAUGAGCCAGCGUCCCUGUGGAACACUAUCGACACCUUGUAGAGUCCACGCCCCGACGAAUUUAGGCUGUUCUGUGGGCAAAAGGGGGGGAGUGCAACUCAAUAUUAGGAAGGUGUUCUUAAUAUUUUGUACACUGUUCCAUUUAAAUAGAUCUGCUUUCAUAUUGUUGAGUAUUGGGAUAAAGUUAUCUUUAUACACAAUCUUCCCAUAAAUCUUAUAGGUAGAAUAAACCUCUUCAGAAUGGCAGGCUCCCAAAGUUUUUAUAUUUAUUCUAGGUAAUACCAAUUACCCCACCGAAGACUUUUUUUAAAGUAUACUCGUCCAUAAGACUUUAUAUGGGCCAAUAAAACUUAAAGAAUCUCCCUAAGUCUGAGGGUGUUUUUAACCUUCCAAACUUGGAAUUGUAUCAACUUGCCACCCAAGGCUUUUACUUGAGACAUGCUGUUAAUGCACUAAAGAGGAACAAUGGGUACAUAUUGAAGAUGUGUAUGCUCACCUACAAUCUAUUCAUGUGUGUUUUCAAAGGAUAAAGCAUUAAUAACUUUAUAGUUAAGAACUGAAACCGAUUCUAUAAGAACCAAUAUUACUUCCAAAAAACCCUAUGAACAAUCCUUGGAUACCUUUUCAGAAUGCACCAAUCAAUUGGCCCACAUGGGAAACUAAAGGCAUAGAAACCUUAAAUUACUUGGUAAUAGGAAAUAAAUAUAUUUCCAUGAUAGGAUUAAAAAGCAAUUUUGCACUGAACAAUGUAGAUAUUUUCAAAUGCAUGCAACUUGCAUGAAACCUUUAACGAAAUUUCUAUUUGAAAUCUUGAGAGAAUCCUAUUUGAGUCAAAAGGAUAUUCAUAUGAUGGGUAAGAUAUACAAAACCUUGCCUAUCCAACUGACAACCGCUUAGAAAAAAAUAUUAACUAAUGGUACCAAGACUUAAAAAUAACUGAUAUUGGAUGGAGGGAAUGUUGGAACAUGACAAAUGUAUGCUGAAACCAACAUAAACUAAUGUAUAGAAUUAACUUUUAAUCCGUCUGCAUAUGUCAAGACAUGUCAUAUGAGGGUGCAGUGCGUUACCAGAUGGGGUGUAUAUACUGGAAAUCAACCAAUCCUCAAUCGUUAAGACAAUGGAAAAAUAAUAUGCUUCAUUAUCAAAAUAUUGAAAGAGCGUGGGCGACUGAUGGGAACAAAAUGGUGAAACUUGAGGAAAUGUGGCGGAGAGUAGUGCAGGCACUGGAGAUAAGGGGUGAGAACAAGUGGGUCUUGUUGUUUGUGCAUGUCUGUAUGUUGUCUUGUGUGUGUGGAUUGUUUUUGAAAAAGAAGAGAACAUUACAUUUAAGAAUAAGCCGCCUCUUUGCAGCCAUAGGUAAUAUCUCACUAGGAGCUGAUCCAUCAGUAUUGUGGAAUAAUUAUGUUAAAGGGAAAUGUUUCAACGUCAUAUUAAUCUCCAGCACCACCCCAACAUCAACAUAUGAAAAAUUGUCUUUCUAUGUUUUAUAGUACGAAAAGAGCGUAAGAUAAGCGUUUCCAAUGACAACAUUGGUGUGCGUCGUGAUUUUGCCUAAUAAUUGGUUGAUGUCAUUGCAAAUGCUUAUCUUCCUAUAUUUUUACUACAAAACAUAGAAACACGCUAUUUUCACAUACACUGUAUAUACAAAAGUAUGUGGACACUCCUUCAAAUUAGUGGAUUCGGCUGUAUAAAAUUGAAUACACAGCCAUGCAAUCUCCAUAGACAAACAUUGGCAGUAGAAUGGCCUUACUGAAGAGCUCAGUGACUUUCAACGUGACACCGUCAUAGGAUGCCACCUUUCCAACAAGCCAUUUUGUCAACUUUCUGCCCUGCUAGAGCUGCCCCGGUCAACUUUUUAAGUGCUGUUAUUGUGAAGUGGAAAUGUCUAGGAGCAACAACAGCUCAGCCGCAAAGUGGUAGGCCACACAAGCUCACAGAACGGGACCACCAAGUGCUGAAGCGUGUAGCGCAUAAAAAUCAUCUGUCCUCGGUUGCAACACUCACUACCGAGUUCCAAACUGCGUCUGGAAGCAACGUCAGCACAAUAACUGUUCGUCGGGAGCUUCAUGAAAUGGGUUUCCAUGGCCGAGCAGCCAUGGAAACCCUAAGAUACGCAAUGCCUAAGAUACGCAAUGCUAAGCGUUGGCUGGAGGGGUGUAAAGCUUGCUGCCAUUGGUCUCUGGAGCAGUGGAAACGCGUUAUCUGGAGUGAAUCACGCUUCACCAUCUGGCCGUAUGACUGAGGAAUCUGGGUUUGGCAAUGCCAGGGGAAAGCUACCUGCCCCAAUGCAAAGUGCCAACUGUAAAGUUUGGAGGAGGAAUAAUGGUCUGGGGCUGUUUUUCAUGGGUCGGGUUAAGCCCCUUAGUUCCAGUGACGGGAAAUCUUAACACUACAGCAUACAAUGACAUUGUAGACGAUUCUGUGCUUCCAACUUUGUGGCAACAGUUUGGGGAAGGCCCUUUCCUGUUUCAGCAUGGCAAUGCCCCUGUGCACAAAGCGAGGUCUAUACAGAAAUGGUUUGUUGAUCGGUGUAGAAGAACUUGACUGGCCUGCACAGAGCCCUGACCUCAACCCCAUCGAACACCUUUGGGAUGAAUUGGAACACCGACUGCGAGCCAGGUCUAAUCGCCCAACAUCAGUGCCCGACCUCACUAAUGGGUUUGUGGCUGAAUGGAACCAAGUCCCCGCAUCAAUGUUUCAACAUCUAGUGGAAAGCCUUCCCAGAAGAGUGGAGGCUGUUGUAGCAGCAAACGGGGGACCAACUCCAUAUUAAAGCCCAUCACUUUGGAAUGAGAUGUUCGACGAGCAGGUGUCCACAUGUAGUUUGUUGGUGUGGUGCUGGAGAUUAAUAUACAUUUAGAAAAUUAUGAAAUGUCCCUUUUUUUUAAGGUAAGAUUUGAAUGGAGAAAGCAGAUCCGAGAGCAGCACUGCUGUUCUUUUGAUCCUAUCAGUAUCGACACUAUCCUCUUUUAGAAUCUGAGAGUGAAAUACUUACACGCUCAUCUCUAACAUGUAGGCUCAGCAUUCCCGAACAGUCCCAUUUAAAAGUCAGAAUGUUGAACAAACUUUGUUUCAACUUAUGGCCAAAAUCGGCAGACAAAAGUAUGUCGGAGGGAAUCUUAGUCAAAAUAUCGACAGGGAAGUGUUGUCAACCCGACCUUCAGUACGCUGGUCUGUAAUCGGUUUGUUUUUCCGGGUUUGUAUUUUCAAUACUGACGCAACUCGCACGUGAUAAACAUUUGCACAAUAUGGCCUAGCCGAACCACAGACCGAACGUCGUCCCACGCAAUCAGCUGGCAAAUUUCACAAAUACUUCCAGCUGAUUGCAGGAAACGUGCUUUGGUCGACUACGUUCGGUUACAUUCGGCUAUUGUGCAUCCCAUACAAUGUGUCAGGAGAUUGAAAACACAAGAGACAGAACCUACUGGCGCCGCAAAAAGUCGAGUAAACAAUGCUUUCCUGUGGAUACCCCAUCUCCUCUUCCUAUCGUCAAAAGGACCAACAGCACAGACAACGGUAAAGUAAGUGUAAAAUACCAUUUUAUUCAACAUUUUGGCUUGUAGAGACCCUUACGACUUUUUUCAGACUGAAUAUCAAUGGUGUAACCAUGGUAAGUCUGAUGUUUAGGCGAUAUCGUCACAUGCCUCAACGACUCACUGCGUGGUGUUUUGGGGAAUAUGUUACAUCUUUGGCCGUUGUAGGAAAUAUGUAUUGUUAAAACACUUACAGGCCUAAGUUCCAUCGCUAUCGGUAAAUCGGGCCCAGGUUGUUAGUUAGCUAGCUAAUGAGGUUACAUGACUGAAUAAGGUGUAAGCAAAUGCCCACGAGUGGUUUUGGAACCGCCCGCGAAAUGGUUAAUGAAUGUAUAGCCAAUUCACGACAGAAAAAAACAACAUUGCGGCAGUAAUGUGGGUCAUAUCUUCUAUCUCUACAAAGUCCCACAGGGGGCCAGUAUGAAAAUGUAUGCACUCACUAACUAAGUCGCUCUGGAUAAGAGCGUCUGCUAAAUUACAAAAAAUAUAAAAAAUAAACAGUGCUACAGUGAAGCCUAAUCAUUAAAACAAAUAUAUGUGAUUAUCUUUCUAGGCUCCUGGUGCUCCCAAAAUAAAAUGUCAGGUUGCAGCAAAAUAUUUAAGAGCAUACAGUCAUGGCCAAAAUUGUUGGCACCCCUGAAAUUUUUCCAGAAAAUGAAGUAUUUCUCACAGAAAAGUAUUGAAAUUACACAUGUUUUGCUAUGCACAUGUUUAUUUCCUUUGUGUGUAUUGGAAUAACACAAAAAAAACAGGAAAAAAGCAAAUUUGACAUAAUUUCACACAAAACUCAAAAAAUGGGCCGGACAAAAUGAUUGGCACCCUUAACUUAAUAUUUAGUUGCACACCCUUUGGAAAAAAUAACUGAAAUCAGUCGCUUCCUAUAACCAUCAAUAAGCUUCUUACACCUCUCACCCGGAAUUUUGGACCACUCUUCUUUUGCAAACUGCUCCAGGUCUCUCAUAUUGGAUGGGUGCCUUUUCCCAACAGCAAUUUUAAGAUCUCUCCACAGGUGUUCAAUGGGAUUAAGAUCUGGACUCAUUGCUGGCCACUUCAGAACUCUCCAGCGCUUUGUUGCCAUCCAUUUCUGGGUGCUUUUUGAAGUAUGUUUGGGGUCAUUGUCCUGCUGGAAGACCCAUGAUCUCGGACGCAAACCCAGCUUUCUGACACUGGGCCCUACAUUGCGACCCAAAAUCCUUUGGUAAUCCUCAGAUUUCAUGAUGCCUUGCACACAGUCAAGGCACCCAGUGCCAGAGGCAGCAAAACAACCCCAAAACAUCUUUGAACCUCCACCAUAUUUGACUGUAGGUACUGUGUUCUUUUCUUUGAAGGCUUCAUUACAUUUUUGGUAAACAGUAGAACGAUGUGCUUUACCAAAAAGCUCUAUCUUGGUCUCAUCUGUCCAUAAGACGUUCUCCCAGAAGGAAUUUGGCUUACUCAUGUACAUUUUGGCAAACUGUAGUCUUGCUUUUUUAUGUCUCUGUGUCAGCAGUGGGGUCCUCCUGGGUCUCCUGCCAUAGCGUUUCAUUUCAUUCAAAUUUCGACGUAUAGUUCGCGCUGACACUGAUGCACCCUGAGCCUGCAGGACAGCUUGAAUUUCUUUGGAACUUGUUUGGGGCUGCUUAUCCACCAUCCGGACUAUCCUGCGUUGCAACCUUUCAUCAAUUUUUCUCUUCCGUCCACGUCCAGGGAGAUUAGCUACAGUGCCAUGGGUUGCAAACUUCUUGAUCAUGUUGCGCACUGUGGACAAAGGAACAUCUAGAUCUCUGGAGAUGGACUUGUAACCUUGAGAUUGUUGAUAUUUUUCCACAAUUUUGGUUCUCAAGUCCUCAGACAGUUCUCUUUUCCUCUUUCUGUUCUCCAUGCUUAGUGUGGCACACACAGAAACACAAUGCAAAGACUGAGUCAACUUCUCUCCUUUUUAUCUGCUUUCAGGUGUGAUUUUUAGAUUGCCCACACCUGUUACUUGCCCCAGGUGAGUUUAAAGGAGCAUCACAUGCUUGGAACAAACUUAUUUAUCCACAAUUUUGAAAGGGUGCCAAUAACUUUGUCCGGCCCAUUUUUUUAGUUUUGUGUGAAAUUAUGUCAAAUUUGCUUUUUUCCUGUUUUUUUUGUGUUAUUCCAAUACACACAAAGGAAAUAAACAUGUGCAUAGCAAAACAUGUGUAAUUUCAAUACUUUUCUGUGAGAAAUACUUCAUUUUCUGGAAAAAUUUCAGGGGUGCCAACAAUUUUGGCCAUGACUGUAUAUGACCGAAAUGGUCACACUUUAGAGCCCUGAUCAUAGGUCUAAAAUAACACUGUUCCUCCCACCUCAGCCCAUCCACGACCUGAAGUACUCUGUGGUGAAGCGCUCCCUGCUGGGCAGUGUGUCAGAUAGUGGCUCAGUGGUCCUGUGGGACGCCAAUACUCAGAAGGAGCUGCAUGUGUUUGAUGGAGCCCACAAGGCCCCCGCCUCGGGCCUGGCCUUCUCCCCAGCCAACGACCUGCUCUUUGUCACUGUGGGCCUGGACAAGAAGAUCAUCUGCUACGACACCUCCAGCAAGAUGUAAGAGCUUGGGAUUUAAUAUUGACCACACAAGUAUAGAGACAUACUGUAUGACUGAGAGAAAGCCUGUUACCUUGGGGUGUUUUUGUGCAAGCUUUGUUGUUGCAAUUUUUUUUGGUCAAACACAUUCACAUUUGAAAUUACCUUGUAUUUUUUCAAUGAUGCGGUCCUUUACUAGUAAUUAGUUCUUUAACAGCGCAAAGGGACUUCAGAGCUGUCUCUUUUGCUUUAAUGUAGUCUUGACAUUUUGUCUGUGUGCUCGUUCUCUCUCGCAGUGUUCUCCGCAGCAUGCGUGUGGAGUCCCCAUUGACGGCCAUUGACUUCACUCCAGAUGGGGCAGGCCUGGUAGUGGGCUCCACCCAGGGCAGACUGUAUCUGUAUGACCUGCGCAACCUCAGCGCCCCCACCAAGACUGCCACCGCACACAAGACCUCCAUCACCAGCCUGCGCUUCCAGAGCUCCCAGAGCAGACACCUCAAGGUAGGCUACACACCACAGCGCCAAUUCAAUUCAUAGUCCUUUUCAAGGUUUGAAAAUAUGAGUUACUUUUCAAUCCCUCAAUUGGAAUUUCCUGAACUGGGUUCAGAGGAAAUUUUAGUUCGGGACCACUGGUGUGCUGUGACAGAGACAAUGGUUUUGAGAUUUUGGGAUGCCAUUUGUCUGCACUAGGGGGCGUGCCAAGACCGUGUGAGUUUUCUUUGGUCUGUUGUGCAUAUUGUACGGAACCAACUCUUUUUACCUUUCCUGAAUUCAUGUAAAUGAGUUGACACUUAUUGUGAUACAAAUGCUGUUGAGUUGACAGUGUCCUACUUCACUUGAUAGGAAAUGUUGUCCCCUUUCGUCAUUACAGUAAGCAUUUUCCCAGCGUGAUGCACCUUGCCAGUUCAGUGUUUCUCUUGACAGCAUGUGCUGUAAGCCCUGUAUUGUGUGGCUAUGGGCUGGGCUCCUGACUAAUAAAGAACCAGAUGCUUCUAAAAUCUUAAAUCCUGUGCUCAAUAGGGACAGUGUUGAAGCUCGUAGGUAUUUAACUGGCAUGUGUUACCUGAGAUCAAUUAAACCUAGCCUUUUCAAGCUAACCAUGUCCCUUUUUUCCCCCCCAUUAGUCCAGUAAAAUGGCGUCCAGCAAGUCUUCCAGCGCUCACACAAGCAAGAGGAUCUCAGCCAGGCUGGGUAAUACCUACCUACCAGCAGUUACCCCCAGCUCCACCUCUACACCCCCCUCUAGCCUGCCUGCACCCCACACGGGAGAUGGAGGGGAUGGACAGGCCCAGGGCACAGGUCAGACUCGCUCUAGUACCUCAAAUAUACUCCUGGCCAACAUCCUGACCUGAAACACCACCCCAUUUCCAAUUCAUGGUCUAGACCAGGGGUACCCAAAUCUGAGCCUGGAGGUCCAGAGAGCUCAUUGUCAUUCUGUGUGUGUGCAGGCUCCAGUGUGGAAGUGGUCUCCAGAGAGGCGGAGGGCCAGCCGGGUGCUGACCGCCUGCCCAGUCUGGACAAGUUCAGUAGCGUGGGUAGAAACAGCCUGGACAUCUUCUCCCCCGUAAGAGACGGUGAGCUCCCCACUCAUCUUUGACUCUUCAAUUUAGUUUAAACUCACCGGUAUUACGUUUGGAUUUGGUCAUCAGUCUCUCUCUCGUCUCUUUCCCUUGUAAACGGACAGCUUUUUUUUGUUUUUUUUUGUCUUUAGAUUACAAAGCCCAUGGGAUGGGUGGUGAUGCUCCUGGUGGAAUGAAAGGGAAUGGUAGGUGGAAAAAGCCAUAUGUCCUCUUUUACAGUUCAAGUUCUCAUUGAAAGUUCAUGAGCACCCUGCACCGCUAACCAUUAGUUGAAGAUGUCUUUUUUAAUUAACCCUCUGUUAUACACCUGACGCAACUAAUCAAGAGCUUGGUGAGUAGUUAAAUCAGGUGUGUUAGUGCUGGGAUAGAACAAAAAUGUGCACCACUGGUUUACCCAGGAAUGGAUUGAGAAACACUGCUAUAAACAUUCAAUGAAGUUCACUGUCCCCUGUACAUCAUCUAUACUUGUGUACAUGAUUGAGACCACAUUUGUGGCUUUUUGUAUGUACCAUAGGGCCCAGUUUGGAUAUGUUCUCCAGAGAAGGAGAAGGGCAGAACAGCACGGAGAAGUUCAGCAAAGUGGGACGCAACAGUCUGGACAUUUUUUCUCCUGUCAGAGAAGGUGAGAUUCCAUUUGUGUGUCCCUUGACAUUCAAAGUUCACAUUGGUCUGCACAGCUUCACAAACCCGCAAACUUUUCCAAACUCAUUAAAUGUAAUGUACAAAUUGACCAUUGAUUCACUCAUUCUUUCCAGAUUACAAAACCCAUGGAAUGACAGCAGAUGUAACAAGUGGGACGAAAGGAAACGAUCUGGACUUCCUCCCUUCCUACUCUGGUGGACCCCCACACCGCAAGACUCCCCUGGGCACCCCUGGAGGAGGGCGAUGUUACAGCCCCCUGUCUGUCUUCCAGACCCCUCAACCAAUCAAAGAGGAGGAGGCCGAGCCAUCAGUGCAGACAGACACACGGGACUCGAGAAGGGUCAGUCUACCUUAUUCAAUCAGCUGUUGGACAAUUUGGAAUGCUGACUUAGACCAUUUUUAACCAUGAGUAUUCCAUUCUGGUCCUGGGGUCUUCCCAGACCAAAAUGAUCAGACCUGAUACAAAUACUCAAGGAUUUUCAUUACUUGAAUCAAAUGUGAGUGUUGGGCUGGAUCAAACCGGAAAUUAAACCCCUUAUUGAGUCAGUCUGGUUUUCCUGUCAAAAUGUUCAAGCUGCUCUUCACGUGUUGUCUGUUCAAUUGACAGUAUGAGAAGGGUGGUGGUUCCAGUCUGGAGGGUGAAGGCCCCACCCCACCCACUUCAUCAGCCCAGACCUCGCACAGCCAACCAGCACCGCUGUUCUUCACCCCUGAACCAGGCCUGAGGAGGGCCAAUGACAUGCAGGCCCAACUGCGCUACAACACACCCCUAAAUGGUGGUCCAUCCACUACUGCACCAGGUGAGUUUGUGGUAGUUUUUUCUGUGUGGGUAACAGCUGUAGAUAAUGUCAAAUCAAUGAAUAUUUUUAUGAUGCAUGCAUAACUAUUUAAAUUGUGUAUGGCUACUGUGUAUUUGUAUGCCAGAGCAUGUGAGAGAUUAUGUAAGCACAACAGUACAUUAACAGUGUGUGGUAGUGUUAAGUUGAUGAAAUCAGUGGAAAAUACCCUGUGUCAGCAGGCCCUGCAGUGUCUUCUGCGGUAGCAUCCUCUCUAUCAGAGAGAAUAGUGGAGACUGUUGGAGCAGAGGGUGGAGGCGCUCCCCUCACAUCCCUGCAGAUCCAUUUCAUCCGCAACAUGAUCCAUGAGACCCUGGAAGACUUCAGGUGUUGCACAUUCUCACAGCAGAUCACCCUCAAAGUUGCUGAACCGUCGUGCGUAUCUCUGGUCACUAGUUUUGUAGAUUCUUGGCUAACCUAAUUUCCUCCACAGGGACGCCUGCCACCGAGACGUAGUGAACCUCCAGGUGGAGAUGGUCAAACAGUUCUACAUUCAGCUGGUAUGUGACAUGUCCCUCUGGUCCUACUCCAUUUGUACACUGUGACACACUGGCCACUACACACCACACACUAUUUUGAGUCCAAGACAAAGCACUAGCUAAACCAGUCUGCAUGGUCGUUCCAGUUCCCUAACCUACCUACCUCUUGGUUCCUUGCUGCGUUUCAGAACGAGAUCCAUGGUCUGAUCGAGAAGUACUCGGUCAACGACUCGCUGGUGGAGGAGAUCGAGAAGCUGAGGGAGGAGAACAAACGACUCCGAGCCAAUUACUGAGAGAUUGACUUGAUGGAUUUACCACCUCAUCACCCCUAGAAACAGUUGUCCCCUCUCAACUCAGAAAGUAUUCCACAGAGCUUUAGGUCUCUGUGGGACAAUCGUGCCACAGACAAAGCCUUUUUUUGUGUCCUGGUUUAACCCCUUCCAUCUCUUCCCAUGGCAUGCAGGGACCAUUUUCUAUUCUCACCAGUUCACAUUUUUUGUACAUCUCAAACUUGGCAAGGGUCUUGGAAUGAAUUAACUCUUAAGUGCCUUACUGGUAGUUAACCAAGGGUUGACCAGUAUGUUCUAUGCAAAGUGUGCUAUCAGUCACAGGGUUGCAUUGGUCAUACAAAUCAUCUGUGACUGUGGUUAUCAUUGCUGGACUGGCCCCGGUGAGGGCAUGGCACAAUUUUAGCCAAAUUCCAAACCAUUCUCUCCUUGCAUUAGGUCCUUGUUUAAAGAGAGGUCAACAAGGACCCAGGGAUAGGAAGAUGCAUUACCUUGCGCUUAAAUACACCACUAAUAUUGAGUUGCAAUAUUUAACAAGUGACAUCAAUAAG